CUGACUGGCACACAGUCGUGAUCUGAGGUUUCUUACUUUUUCCAAAUGUCGCGUGAUUUGAGCUACUAUCGCGACAGUUAGCUAGCUCGCUACAAUCAACGGCCAUUUGCGCGAAGAGGAGAGUUGACCAACGGCUAACGGCUCCUUCCACACAGUUUGUAACAGGCUACAUCUGAAAUAAUAAACUUAUAAAACACACAAAGCAUGGCCGAUGUUGAGGUUCAGUUCGAGGUCCAGCUCCCCUCACACUCCCCGUCAGGACCAGACGUGUUUGCGGUCCUGCAGGAGGACAUGAGCGGCCAGAGGGAGUCAGAAACCACCGGGCCAGGAGGUCAUGUAUUUCAUCGUUCAGAGGUGGAGGAGCCGCUGUCGGUCCCGGCCGUCGUCGCUCUGGCGCCACCUUGUGGUGACCACGCGUCCUGCAGCUGUGACUGUGAGGCCUGCAGCGGGCCCGGGCUCAGGCGGGUGGAGAGGAGCCUCCAGUCCAUGGAGCUGCAGCUGCAGUUCCUCAUGAGCAAGGCAGACGACCUACACGCCAGGCUCGGAAAUGUACAGGAUUACAGCAGCAUAGAGGAUAACAGGGUCGCUGCAGCAGUGCCAAGCUUCCUGUACACCUGUCAGCCGUACUUUAACCACCUGGAGUCCACCAGCUCCGUGUCCCAGCACACCCUGCUGCCUUUUGACAUCUACACAAGGGUGCGUUCGCUGUUAGACUUCUCCCAGCAGCUGUGUGACAGGUUGGAGCAACUGGUGUUGACCUACGCCAGCUAUAAUCUCCUCUGUUUGGACGAGACCAAGCCUAAUAGUGUGUCUCACUUCUGCGUGGGUCAGAGUCAGCUCGGUCCACUGAGGGUGACCGCGUUCCUUUACUGUAAGCCCACGCCGUACCUGGCCCGGGUCGACACCGGCCUCUACAAACGCAUGCGCUGGAACGUGGAGAGGCUCCGAGACGAGCGGCAGACGGGUGACGAGCGUGAGGAGGGGGAGGCAGAGGUAGUCGGCGACACGGAGUAUUACUUCCUGUGCUACGAGGACAUUCCCAACGCACACGCAGAUGCCGGCGGGGAUACCCAAGGCGUCUCCCACGGCAACGUGGUGAGGAUGUGGUCCAUCGGUCAGUGGGUGCAGGUGACCCCCGACACGGAGGACAUCUAUGACUGGAUCAUGUGUGAGGUCCCUCAGGCCAGCUAUCACAGGCUGCUGUUCCUGGGCAGCGAUGAGCCGUCGAGCUGCAGUGCUACAGACUACCUGCAGCAGCUGCUGUUGUCACACCAGACAGAGUGACGACAUUGAUGGUGUGUAUUAACACACACACAUAACAUCUGUCUCUGGGGCCGCGCCUUUCGGAUGAAAAACAACGUGAAGAGAGACUGGACCCGUUUAGAUCUCACAGGACGGUGCAGACGAAUCCUCAACGCUAGUUAAUAAGAGAUUCUAAAGUUCAACAUCUGGAUGUCAGAGCAGACACACCCGAGCCGAAAUCACAAGAACGUCACGAGUGUGAAAUAUGUGAUCGUUUCUGCCUGAUGCAUUCAGGGCCUGUUGGUUUUUCCACAUUUUAAAAGCUGUUUUUGUAAUGUUCGACAAAAGCUGGUUUCCAAAGCAAAGUUUUAUAGUGAAGUAAUAGUUUUAUGCCGUGUACUGUGAUGAGUGAUGUUUAACUCUUGAUGUUUGAUGCACACUAUUCUGUUCAGUGUGUUAACGUGGAAAAGAUUUUUUUAUAAGAGAUUGUAAAUAUUUUGUUACGUUUUAAGUGUUAAGUUCUUUAAGUAUUGGAGUUGUUUUGUUGUGUUGUAAAGAAUUCCAGAGGCGUUAUUUAAAAAAACCCAAAACAUUUUAUUUACACGAAACAUUGCAUUGAAAUAAUUACACACAAUCACAGAUUUCUGUCUUUCACAGAGUCUAAAUAAACAUGGAAAAAUGUACAUUUUUAAACAAGCUGCCAUGAUUUGGGCUCCUCAAGGGAGAGUUGCCCGUUAACUUCAACAGGUUCAUCAAGCCAUUUAAAUUAGCACUCAAAGGCCUCACUUUGUAUUCAAUAAAUUAAUAUCUAAAAUGUGAAAUGUACUAUCUUUGAGCCGAAGAAACAAAAAGAAGUUUGUUCACUCAUAGUUCAGUCUACUGUGUUCAGUUUGACCUUGUCAUCAUUCAGCUCAUCAGGUCAUUUGACUGGAUAUAAAGUAGAAGAAGGUCAUUUACUUAACAAAAGGAUCAUAUCUACCAUUUACAACCAACGUCCUUCAUUCUCCAUUCAAUAAAAAUCUAUAUAUGACUCUUUUAAGGGCUGCUAUACUUCUAAAUCUCUAAAGUACAAAAGUAAAGUGGAGUUUCCCUUCAUAACAGUGAGCAGUCUUUUUUUAAAACAUCGUACACAUAAAUGUUUACAAAAAACACCACACGGACAUGUUUAAUUAAGAAAGCACAUUUAAAAAGUCCAGCUUCGUAAAACAAAGAAGUAGCAUAAUGCGUCCUAACUGGAGGACGGAGGGCAGACGGACAGAGGCGUAAACGCCUGUUUCUCAGCUGCUACACACAGUGUGUGGAAGGACAGGAAUCUGUCUGAAGGGUCGAUCAGAAGUUAAAGCACUGGAUUCAGAUUCAUACGGCUUUCAGUUCAGUUAUUAACCAGAAAUCUGCCCAUAUGCUGCUUGACACUGGAGAGCAGGGCAGCGAGCCAAGAACUGACUGGAUACAAAAACUGAAUCAAAAUGGACAAUAAGUGGAAUUAAAUCUUUCAUUUUUUUUAAAUAUAAUUUCUGUGCCCUCCUUUUAGAUUUACAGUCCAAAAAACGAUAAGAAAUCCACUGAAUGAAUCCUAAAAAAUGACCUUUUUAAAAAAAAAC